AAAAAAAAAAAAAAAAAAAAAAAAGAUCAUUCAUUGGCCAAUGGAACAACAGCCAACACAUCGCUAUGAACACCAGGAAGGAGCAAACGGUGUUACACCCGUAGCCGAUCUGUCACAGGAACAGGAAUUCCAUCCACCUAUCAGUCUGUUUUUGUCUGUACCAGCAGGUCUCGAAGAUGUUGCAGUGCGCAAGCUACCGGCAAUGCUAGUCAAGGUUGCCACCAAAAUCAGCUACAUAAUUGGAUCCGGCUACGUGACCAUGGACCUCCUUCAGUUUAAAAACGAUAUUGCUGGAUUGGAGAAUCAGACGAUAAUUCAAGCGAUUGCAGAUCUUGUGCAAUAUCCACCACUCUGUAUCUUUGCCGCCUAUGUUUCCAUGGGAGAAAUUGACAUUCCUCGACAGAUCUUUGACAUGCCACACCGACUCUUGGAAUAUGCAGCUAAUGGCUUUCAAGAUCAGCAGUCGAAGGAAGGAGAGAAGGAACAUACAACUCCAGGGCCGUUGAAUGAGAAUGGAACUGGUGAUCUGGGAUUGCGGUGGCAGGAUGCGUUAUCCGUUCUUAAAAGCACAUCGGCAUCUCUCGCGAGACGUCUUUGUCCAGCCAACACUGCCAACGCAGCGAUUCGUUUCAGAGGGUCAUUCGAUCGAGGGAAUGUACAACACAAGGGCGUUCGGUCCCAGGAUCUUGCAGCAGGACUUGGGGAUGUGACAGGGAAGCUGUUUCCAAAAUGGAGGGUUGAUCUGAAAGAGUUUGAUGCCGAGGUCAUGGGCAGAUGGAUUCAGGACGACCUGGAAGAGAUCCAUUACAAAGCAGAUCCGUCGGAUACACACCUGCUGCCUGAGCAGAAACAGCAAGCGGAGAAGCAGCAGUUCAAAAGGAUGCAGGUUGGAAUGACACUACCCCUCGCCCUUUCAACAUGUCCGUACCGGUUUCGGCCCAUGGAUGGUCGUACAGCCCUAAGGAUGGAAAUCGCAUACACACUCCUGGCAUUGGCCGGUCCAGAGCCCGGAGAUGUUGUCAUGGAUCUGUGCUCAGGCGUCGGUACGAUCCCCAUCGUGGGGGCUACACAUUACCCCAAUUGUUUAUUUGUUGGAUCGGAGAUUGUGCCACACAAUGUCGACAAGGCGAUCGAGAACUCAAGGGGCAUGAAGGAAAAGUUGGAUCAAUUACGGUCGCAAUUAUCCAGCAGAUCUUCUUCAAGGGCUCCGCAACAUCAUGGCUACCCCAGUUUACUGAUGGGCGACGCGAGGGCAGUUUGCUGGCGACCAGGCACAGUGGACCUCAUUGUUAGCGAUCUACCAUGGGGCCAGCGCGAGAGUUCACACAUGUACAACUGCAAACUGUAUCCACGACUUGUGAAGGAGGCGAUCCGGUUACUGAAGAAGAAUGGCCGGGCUGUGUUUGUUACGGGGGAGCGCAAGUUGCUGCAGAGACAGUUAGAUGCACCGUUCGCGAGAUCGUGUUUGAGGCUGCUGCAGAGAAGGGAGAUCACGAUAGGGUUCAAGGUGAUGGUCUUUGAGCUGGAGCGCAUAUGAGGAUAAGAUGUUGUCGAUGCCCCUCUCAUGCUGGUCAAGAUCAGGACCAAGACCCAGAUUGUCAGGAGAGCACGAUCCUGUUUGAAGCAGAGUCCAUUGUAAUGGUAAUAAAAAAAGAAAAAAGAGAACCUUUGAGGUGGCGGGACAGGGCUCUGUUUCAGUGAGGCAGCUUUCUUGCCUGUCCAUCCGAGUCCUGGGCUGAUGUACCCUCCUCCACUCUUUCUUCUUGUCCAUCCGUAUCC